AUGAAGUUCAUUUCCCAGAGGAUGACAAGACUGUCUGCGACCGGGUUCGAGUUUUGGGUGGAAUGUGACGAAUACAACAGCUAUGCGCAAAGAUCGGCGAGGCAUACGAAGCUCCAGCCUCGUGCCCUGAGCAUCUACCAGAGGUACUUGAAGCCGGGGUGCGCGCCCAACAAGUUAGAGCUGGACGCAGAGACCUGCGAAGACAUCGCCGAGACCUUGUACACUCGGGGUAAGGCCGCCGGGGGGGGGGUGACCUUCAAGCUGUCGCGCGAAAACGAUGGCCUGCACACAAUUUUUCACGGAGCCAUGCGGAAGACGUUCCAAACUCUUCUGUUCGACUACCUACCGGAUUUCCUAGCCUCGCAGCCCGCAGACUUUUGGCAGGGUCUUGCAGACAUGGGCAGCAACGGGGAAGGGUGUCACGACGGGCUGGCAGGGGGAGAAACCAGGGGGAUAAGCGGCGGCCCUCCUGCCGAUGCAGAGCAGAGGGGCCAACAGCCCCCACAGAUGAACAAGGUCACGGCAAAGGACGCCUUUCUUGAGCACCCAAGGAUAAUGUUCCACAUCAAACGGUAUCUGGCCAGCCUGUCUUCUCUGGGAGCGAGAAAGGGCGGCAGCGUGGACGUCGGCGAUCGAGACAUGGGCACCAGGUGCCUUGACUGCCUCGAGCAGAUUCGUGACUUUCAAAAGGCCACCACGGCGGAGCAGAGGCGAAAGCGCUGGGCGGUGAUCCGAAUGCGGUACUGCGGGGAGGGGGGCCUCUCCGCCCCGACCUUGGACGCAUUGGCAAUGAGCGCUGCUGCCGACGGCAAGGACAACGGGGACAACAGAAAUCGACAUGACAGCAGGAGCAGAAUCCAGCCUUCGUCAUCACCAUCAGCGUCAACGUCGGAGGAGUACCAGCUGGCGAGCAUGCUGGACAAGGCACACGACGAGAUUGUGGACAUGCUCAUGACGGAGCACCUCGCGGGCUACCAGGGAAACGCGCAGCCGGAGGCACGCCGGAGAUACUUGGGAGGCAGUGGCAGCGUCAAAGGAGGCGCAAGCGGGAAGAGAGAGCCGAUCAGAGACCCAACCGCGCGACCGGCGAACGCCCAGAUACGAAAGAGGGAGUCCUACAAGCUUCCCGAGACGCUCCGGCACAGCAGCAGCGACGAGAAUUCUCCGCAAAGAUCAAACUUUAACGGCAGCAUUGGGAGCAGUACCUUCCGACUGAUCAGCCCGGGGGUGCCAAGGAGAAGACGUACCGAGGGGGAGGACGGCGUUAACCUUGGAGGUGGCACCGUUACGACAGUGGGAAAACCUCUUCGCAGGUGCACUACCGAAGCGUCAGGCAGUGCGUGGAGCAUACGGGGCCAAGAAAUCAGCGACCGGGAGACAUCCCGAUCGAGGCUAGCGGUACUGCCGCCGUUGAGUAAGGCAUCGAGCUUCCCCCAGGCCGUACACGAUGACGGUGCCGUCACGCCUCUCACCUCCCCUGUCGUCGGUGCUGAUCCUGGUGGGGCUGAUAUUGGCAGUAAAACCCACACGGGUGGUGGCGGAAACACCACGGGAAGCAAGGAGGAAAACGCUGGACACCAGAAUCAGCAGCAGCAACAGCAGAAGAAGAGGCGGCGGCGAUGCGAGCCUUUAGAGCACUCUCAUCGCACGGAGCAUCUCCUAUCUCUCGACCGAAAGGGCAAGUAUAGCCGGGGGUUGUGGGGCGCCUUUGAGCAGGUGAGAGUAGCAACAGUCAACUGGAAGGACGACGAACCCCACGACACAGGGGAGGGCAAGGAGGACGGAAAAGGAGGCGAACGCGGACAGGAUGGGUGGGACUUAGUUGGCCGAAAGAGCAGGGGCCUCGGGACAAGCCGCGGCACCCACCUCCCACGAAGCAAAGAUACGGGACGGAGAUACUCGUUCUCGGGACCCCUCUACACGAUCGCCAAGCGCGGUCGUGAGGAGAACACUCAACACCAACAACAGGUGAAACCUCGAAGCCAGUCUUGCUGCAGCGGGUUGGACAAUAUAGCCAGGUCCGUGGCCGCAGAGCAGGAGGCAGGCCCCGUCACGCUGACGGCACCCCGCCGAGCCAACAAGGGCAUGGUGAACCUGAUCGCCCCAUCGUCGCCUUCGCAGACUGGCGGCGGCACAGACGGCGACAGCAUCGUAGUCCUUCGUGCGAAGAGGGCGCGAUUGAUUUUCGACACGUACGUCUCGGAACAAGCGGAGAACCAGGUGAACCUGAGCUCGAGCUUACGUGAAACCGCUCGGCAGGACGUCGAGAAACUGGAGCGCGUUGCAGCAGCACCCAACGAAGGUAUGAAUUUUUCGCCAGCAAGUACUGGAGCCACCACGCACGUCGUUGGUCCAACAGCCUUGGACCCUCCCCGAAUACCGACGAUACCCACGAGGACCACCUACUAUCGGCGUUGUCCGGGUCACCAGGACGACCACCAUCAGUGA